UUGUUGGUGUGUGAAGUCAAGUUUUUUUUAUUGUUUUCUUUUUUUAACAAGAAAGCAGCGACAGGGGCCUGUUACAAUUUUUUUUUGUUUUCCAAAGUUGGAAAGCAGCCUGCGGGGCCUGCAACGAAUUCCCCCCCCCUCCCCCCCCCUCCAUCUCUUCGUCUUCUUCUUCCUCUUCUUCUUCCUCCUCCUCCUCUUCAUCUCCCUCCUCUAUUUUAAAGGCACGAUGUCAGCGGGUCAGGGCGGCAGGGCGAGGGAGCCGUUCAGGGCUGUGGAAGGAGACGAGAGGGAAGAGUUGUUGCUCAAGCACGGCAUAUGGCAAUGGGUCGACCGGGGGCAGAAGAACGUUGGCAGGGCAAAUGGGUCAUGGAGGAUGCAGUGCAGGUUGUGCUCCAAGGAGCUUGAUGGGGCCGUGAAUCGGGCCGUCAAUCAUUUCAUCCAACCAUCAGAUGGCGCCCGGUGCAAGCAUGUCAACGGGGAGAUUUUGUACGCCGUUUACAAGGCACAAGGAAAGGGCAAGAUCCCGCAGAAAGUGUUGAGCAGACUGGAUGCCCACAUGCGGGAGCUUGGGUACCCGUCCUCAACACCGACAGGAAUGGGCCAGGAGGAUGAGUUCGGCGAGGAUGGUUGUAAGGAGGAUCCUUUUGGGGAUGUGCCGUCAGCGGAGGGCAGCAGGCUUGAGCCAACACCUGUAGGCGAUGGUGCAGCAGCGGAUCUCCCACCGCGACCUCCAAGCAGCAAUGCUUCCAGGCAACAGACAUCGAUGACCAGCUACUUGGUCGAUGAGCUGCAGAGGGAGAUGAAUCACGCGGUUGCACAAUUCUUCUAUGAAAAUGCAAUUGCGUUCAAUGCAGCGCGCUCUGAUGCCUACAAAAAAGUUGAGAAGGUCAUGGGUGACACAGCCAGGGCAAAGAAAGUGCUGACGCUGCCAUCUUACGACACAUUGAGGAUUGACGAGCUGCAGGGAAGCUACAAGAAGACUGACACCGACAUGGAUGAGAUCAGGUCCACAUGGCCUAAAACUGGAUACACUCUCAUGACGGAUGGCACAACCACAACCAGCAACAGGCCGGUGAUCAACUUCCUCGCCGGAGGAGACAAGGGUGCAGUGAUGGUGAAGAGCAUGGAUAUGGAAGGGAAGGACAAGUCAGCACCAGCCUUGGCUAAGAUGUGGGAGGGGGUGAUCAGGGAGUUGGGUGUGAAGAACAUCAACGCAAUAUGCACCGACUCUGCACAUGUCAACAUCUCUGCUAGGAACAUCCUUGCAAAGCAUCCAGACCCUGAAAUACGACAGAUCCCGUGGCUUAUGGAGACUGUGUUGAUGGACACAAUUUGCAGCAGCGAGUGGGAUGCGGCCCCGUGGGAGAAAAGCAAGGUGGAACGGGCACGUGCAUGUAGGGAGCUCGUGCGCAGUGUGGAGUGGUGGAAGACAGUGGAUGAGGCUGUUAAACUACUGGAGCCAGUUUACAAGUUCAUGCGGACCAUGGACAGCGAUGGCCGAAUGGGUCCUCACAUAUGGAGUCUUGCUGUCACUUUGGAAAACAGAAUGAAGAGUGCUCCUAUGGACGAUGACACCAGGAAGGUGGUGAUGCAGAAGGUGAAGCAGCGCAUGGAGAUGAUGGCACUUCCUAUGCAUGCAGCAGCACACAUGCUGCACCCUGCGAACCGUUCUGGUGAUCUAUUUGACAACCUGGAGGCCCCGGUUAUACACAACACUUUAGCCCACAUUGCGACGAUUUAUCCAGUUGGGACGCAAGUGUACAGAGAAUGCUGGGAUUCACUGUUGAGCUUCCACCAGCGGGGCCCGGAGUGGACGGGUGAGAACUCAGAGGAAUACCUGUCCAACAAGAGGAUCUCGAUGGCACAAUGGUGGAUGACUUAUGGCAGUCGCUUAUCCAAGGCAACGAUGCUUGACAUUCAGCCUAUUCUAGACGAGGUUGAGGAUGACGGAGCAUGGUUGGCUGCUCAGACUUACACACCUCCUCCGCUCAGACCGGACCGUGCCAGGGUGGUGGAGGAUGUUUCAGCGGAUUCAGACGAUGAGGAGGAGGAUGAGAUAGCUGAUUUGCCUCUUCAGUGUAGCAGGGCGAGGAUGACCGCGUCACGCAGGGAGCAGGGAGAUGACAGUUUGGUUGGUGGUGUUACCGCUACUCCCACCACCCGGGUUGACGAAAGUGCAGUUGGUGGCGCAGGUUCUUGUGUGACCACUUCUAUUGGUCAUCAUGCUUCUGCAGCCGUGGCUGUUACUGGGAGAUCAGCAUUGCAACGCAGCACUUGUGUUGGUGGCACGAGUUCAGCUGCUGAUCAUGUUCAUGGGAGCACUGAAGUUGGUGGGAGUUCGACCGUGCACAACAACAGUGUUGGUGUUUCUUGUAGUCUGGCAAUUGGAGGGAGUUCCAUGGUGGACGGUGGUGUUGCUGUUGGUGUGACCGUGAGUGAUACUGGUGCAGGUUGCCCUGGGGACGCAGCGGAUCUGCCUGCAGGGAAGGCCAGUGCUGAUCUUGAUGUCGACAUGAGUGAUGCUGGUGGAGAGUGUCGUCAGGACAGCACCACCAUCCCACCUGCAGCAGAUGUGUUCGCUUCACUUAUCAAUUUCAUAUCCCCUGAAGAUUACACGAUUUCACCAUUGACUUCCCCCCUCCAAACGGAAAGCGAGGAUAACAAUCCACCUCGGGAAAGAUUGAGCAGUGUUGUCCCGCCUGUCCCACGGUUUGAUGAAGGGACCACACCCUCAUCAACUGCAGUACACAGGGGAAUGAGCCCAAGUGAUGGACAGCAGCCUGCGGCACAAGAUUGUGCAAGGAUUUCAUGGAAGAGAAUGUCCCCGCCUGAAAUUAACCAAGAGGUUGUGCGCACAGUCAAGAGCAUGGCUGGCCGGAAGAAUGGAUGGAAGAACAAGGAAGUGUCGAAGAAGAUGGAUGUGUCAAAGAAGAAGGACAAGUCAAAGAAAAGGGAACAAGAGAAAGAGAAGGACGCAUCAAAGAAGAAGGACAAGUCGAAGAAUAAGGACGCCGGAGAAGGCCCCUCGGAUUCUGUUCGCCGACCAGUUGGCAGACCACGACGAGCUCGGACUGAGCCCGACCGCGACCCUUUGGAAAUGAAGAGAGCUAUCGUCAGAGCGGCGAAGGUGUCGAAAGCACUAAAAUUGAAGAAGAAAUUACAAGCUGCUAGCCAUUCGCCAACAAAACGGGGUAGAAAGAGGCGGAGGGUCGUGGAUGACGAUCUCGCUUCUUACUCAUCUACCACUCCAGCCUCCUCGACUUCAUCUUCCGACGAGUCCUGCACCUCCUCUAGUGGUAGUGACAGCAGCAGCAAGUGAUACCUCUUUCGAAUAUGCCCUGAGAGAGAGAGAGAGAGAGAGAGAGAGAGAGAGAGAGAGAGAGAGAGAGAGAGAGAGAGAGAGAGAGAGAGAGAGAGAGAGUCUAUUUUAGCUACUUGGUCGUGGGGGUGGAAUGGCAUGCCUUGUCGUUUGAUCUGUUUUACAUGUUGGCUUCUCCAUUUCCAGCUUAUGAACUUCUGUUCUCGAAGUGUGUCCCGUCUUUACUUUUGUUCUUGAACACCCCAGACACCCUCUGUCCGCCUCCCAAAACACCCUCGAACCCACCCUUAACCUCCCCAAGACAACCCCCAAAGCACCCCAUGAA